AUGGGUGCUUUUAUAUCCAGACUUCGUCGUUACAAAAGUAAAGCAGAACUUCUAGAAAUCCUCGAAAAAGGCAUAAGAAAAAAGGAAAAAGAUAGACAAUUUAAUCUGCGUAAUCGAGAUUAUGUUAAACGGGGUGCAAUCAUCACUGCCGUUGUAGUAUUUGUGCUACUCAUCAUACUAAAUCUCUGUUCUUUUGUGGCAGAUAUUGUGAUACUCAUAUACCCAUUUAUAGCUAUACUCAUAAUAGUAAUUAUAUCACGAACCUACACUAUAGCCUUAAAAAAAAGCCAGUAUAAGCUGUACAUGAUGAGAGAAGAAAAAAAGAAUCUGCUAGAGGAAGUGAAGAUCUCUGAGAAAUAUUUGGUUGCAAAAGAACUUCUAGAGAAGUAUGGCAGCUCUGAAGAUCUGUUGCCCGAUUCCAAUUCGACGAAUAAUGUGCACAGUAAUUUCCAUAGAUCUACCACCAUCAAUGUUGAAUAA